GCGGACUCAAGCAUCACCCCUCGAAACGUCGUCCGGAGCCCUCCAAGAGACAGCACACGAUACCAGUGUGAUUGACGAACGACACCACCUAUCAGAGCCCCGCAUCUAUAUUGACGGCGCAGAGAGGGGCGCUAAAGCGGCAGGGAGAGGGGAGCUGUCUUGGUUGUAAUACAGCAAGGCACAUGCGCAGUGGUAACGCCGAGCUGGCGCAUUCGUGAUAGCUAGUCCACCAUGAGCCAGGGCGGCCAAGAUGCGAAGCUCUUUGCGAGGGGCAAAGUAGCGGAGCUGCGCCUCGAACUGAACAGUGGCGGCAAGAAGGACAAGAACUUCUCCGCGAAGAAGACGGCUUUGAAGAAGAUCGUCGCCAACAUGACCAUGAGCAACAACGACAUGGUCGCCUUGUUCCCGGACAUUGUGGGAUGCAUGCACAUUCCGAGUCUGGAGAUAAAGAAGAUGUGCUUUUUGUAUCUGGUCAACUAUGCCAGGAUAAAACCUGACAUUGCCCUCAAGGCGCUGCCCAUCAUCCAGGAAGACAUGCAGGACAACAAUCCUCUGGUGCGAGCGCUCGCACUGCGGACUAUGUCCUACAUCCACGUCCGCGAAUACGUCGAGGCAACUGUGCCGCAUCUGAAGAACCUCCUGCGAGACUCCGACCCUUACGUACGCAAGACAGCCGCCUUCUGUGUCGCCAAGCUCUACGACCACGACCGACAUCUGGUGGAGUCCUCGGACUUGAUCGACAAGCUCAAUGGCAUGUUGCGAGACGAGAACCCCACAGUCGUCUCCAGCGCACUAGCAGGCUUGAUGGACAUCUGGGAAAGAAGUGAGAAUAUCAAGCUCACCAUCGACUAUGCGAGUGCGUCGAAGAUUGUCUCCAUUCUGGCAGACUGCUCAGAGUGGGGUCAGACAUACAUCAUGGAAGCUAUGAUGAAUUACGUUCCUCAGGAAUCGUCCGAAGCCGCUCUGCUCGCCGAGCGAAUAUCACCAAGAUUGUCGCAUUCCAACUCCGCUGUGGUGCUUACGUGCAUCCGUGUCAUCCUCUACCUAAUGAACUACAUCUCCGACCAGAAGGUUAUUGCAUCGUUGUGCAAUAAGCUUUCGCCGCCGCUUGUCACGCUUUUGUCGAAAGGACCUGAGAUUCAGUACCUUGCUCUUCGUAACGCCCUCCUUAUCCUGCAACGGCGGCCGGAAGUGUUGCGAAACGACAUCCGCGUCUUCUUCUGCAAAUACAACGACCCCAUCUACGUCAAGGUCACAAAGCUUGAGCUCAUCUUUAUGUUGGCAACCGAGAAGAACAUCAAGGAGGUGUUGACAGAGCUUGCAGAAUACGCUACUGAGAUCGAUGUCGACUUCGUACGCAAGUCGGUACGUGCCAUUGGUAAGCUGGCCAUCAAGAUUGCACCAGCAGCGCAACUGUGUAUCAGCACCCUUCUUUCUCUCGUCAGCACAAAGGUUUCCUACAUCGUGCAAGAAGCAACAGUAGUCAUCCGCAACAUCUUCCGGAAAUAUCCCAAUCAGUACGAGUCCAUCAUCUCAACAUUAUGCGAGAACCUCGACUCGCUGGAUGAGCCAGAAGCCAAAGCUGCUAUGAUCUGGGUCAUUGGACAGUACGCCGACCGUAUCGAAGACUCCGAUGUCCUCCUCGAAGACUUCCUCGACUCGUUCCAAGAGGAGACACACGAGGUGCAGUUGGCACUUCUGACUGCUACAGUAAAGCUUUUCAUUCAGCGACCAACAAGAGGCUCGGCACUAGUCCCUAAGGUCCUAAAGUGGGCAACCGAAGAAACAGACAACCCAGAUCUGCGAGAUCGAGGGUACAUGUACUGGCGCUUGCUAUCUUCUGCGCCUGAGGAAGCAAAGAAGGUCGUUAUGGGCGAGAAGCCUGCCAUUACAGCAGAGGAGUCAGAGAAGCUAGAUCCUGGGACACUGGAAGAGAUGUGUCUCAACGUGGGUACACUAGCAACAGUCUACCUCAAGCCAGUCAACCAGGUGUUCCGCACCGCCCGCCCCCGCAGGGUAAUCGAGUCACCUGCGUUACAGCGGCACGAGUUACCCACCGUCAAGGCCGCACAACUAGCGCGCGAGCGCGCAGCAGCAGACCGCUCACGAAUCGACACAGCGCCCAACGGUAACGGCUCCCUCUCACCGACGAACGGCAACAUGUCAGCCGCAGUAAGCGAUGCUGACAUGUACUUCGCCAGCGUUGGCAGGCAAAGCACAUUUGGUGGGUCGCCCAUAGCAGAAGACCAUGCUGGGAUGGGUGGUGGUUGGGUUGUGAACCAGAACGCGCCACAGUCGCUCGUAAUGAACCCAGGCGGUGCAGAUGGGAAUCAAGACCUCUUGCUGUGAGUCGAGUCGUAAUUUCCAGCUCCAAUUUGGAGUAUGAGCUGGCUAAUGUAGAUGUAUAUAUCAACGUUGAAG